AUGGCUACUAGUGGGGGCGGAGUGCAAGUGGAAAGUGGCAACGCGGCGGACAUGAAAGGCAAAAUGUGGACGGGUAGGAUUCUGCCGCCGCCACUCUCCCGUCCAGUUCUCCUCCCCCAUUGUCGAGUUUGCCUCCGCCGCUGCUCUCUCCCGUCCAUCUCGCGCCGCCACCCACCGACUCCUCCCCUGUACACGGCGAGCUCGAGGAGUAAGGCUCGCAACUGGGCACUGCCAUACGAGGGCCAUGCCGAGCACGGCGGCCUCUGGUUCGGCUUCUUAUACGGUGGCCACCUCUGCGCGUGGGAUGACCUGUGUGUCGCCGCUGUCACCACAGACGCAGGGCCAAAGGCAACGGCCAUGUGCCGCCAUCAGCGGGAGGAGCGACGGCCGCCGAGACGGCCGUCCAGGUCGCCAUUGUCGUCGUCAUUCAGCUGGAUCGACAAGCAGUGACAUGUUCGCUGUGCGCAUCAAUUGCUGUCACCUUGGCCACCUGACGAAGAUGGAAGACGGGGAUGUGGUUAUGGUUUGUUAAUUUUGGCUAGGUUCUUUGUUGCUAAUUGAUGGCCGGUGGAAUAGACACGAUCUGUAGUUGCUGCUCCUCUAGGUUGUGUCGUUGGUGCUGGUUGGAGUGCUGCUCCUUCUGGUGCAGAUCCUCCACCUCGUGCUCUCCUCCUCAA